AUGGUAUCCGGCCAGGAUCCCGAAUCAGAGAUCUCAGCGCCACUCUUAGGAACUCAUCCACCCGGAGCGCAUGUCGAGUACAUGCACAAGCACAAGCGAUGGAUCCUAUUUCUCUUAUGCACGGUGAUUGUCACACUUGACUUUGGCACAUUCCUCUCCCUUGCUCCACAGACUCAGAUUAUGGAAUCAAUCAUCUGUCGCAAGUUUCAUCCAGGACAAUUUAUCGAUCUCCCACAUGGACAGUUCUUGUCGGAUAAUACACCCUGCAAAUCCGUAGAUGUACAGGGGGAGCUAGCAUUGAUCAGUGGGUGGAAAGAUACAUUGGACCAGAUCCCGGGAAUUAUCCUUGCCCUACCAUUGGGCUUCCUGUUGGAUCGCAUUGGCCGCAAACCAGUUGCGAUGCUAAGUAUGAGUGGGCUCCUCAUGGAGGAGAUCGCGAUCCGCAUCAUCUGCGUGUAUAGUGAGGCAGUUCCUCUCCGAGCUAUCUGGCUCACGCCCUUAUUUCAAUUAUGUGGUGGUGGUUCUCAAAUAGCCAGCUCUGUGGCCUUCACCAUUGUCACAGAUAUCUUUCCCGCAGAACAGCGUGCAAACAUAUUUUUCAUGCUCUUUGCGGCUGUCCUACUUGCCGAGAUCCUCGCAACACCUCUGAGUGCUUGGCUUAUGUCCUGGUCGCCGUGGCUUCCAUUCCUACUCGGUUGGCUCUGUGAAGGUUGUGGCUUACUGGCAGCCAUACUUAUCCCGGAGACUCUGCCAAAGUCGCCAAACGAAUUGGAAUCUGAAUCGGCAGAUGAGGAGCGUGGUCGCCUUGACCCUCCACCCACACUGCCUAAAUGGAAAGGGUCCCUCUAUAGUGCAAGGUCCCAUAUCAUGGACCUAAAUGCAUUUGUCUGGGGAAAUGUCAACACGGUGGCUAUUUCAAUUGCAUUCCUGGCGGCUAGUGUUGGAGCGCAGGCCCUCCAGUUGAUCAUCCAAUAUGCUUCCAAGCGCUACUCAUGGACUAUGGCAAAGGCAAGCUUUCUCAUCUCUCUAAAAGGAAUGAUUGACCUCGUCGUCUUGCUUCUAUUGCUACCAACUAUCUCCCACUAUCUAAACCGGUAUCUUUCCCCAGCUGUCAGAGAUCUUCGAAUAACACAGGGAAGUGCAGCUAUUCUAGUAGUUGGAUUUGGCAUCAUGGCAGUGGCCGAUCAGCCAGUACUGUUCGCCUUUGGUGUAUCCAUUCUGGCCUUAGGCUGGGGCUUCUAUUCCACCCUCCGCAAUGUGGCCACAACAUUGGUUGCAGAGUCUCAAAUCGGGACGCUCAAUACCACAAUCGCUCUUGUCCAGGGGAUUGGGAGCAUGAUUGCUGGACCGUUGCUCGCCAGUACAUUUCGGAAAGGUAUGAAGUUGGGUGGUACCUGGAUGGGCUUGCCAUACAUGGUGGGUGCCAUACUGUUUUUGCUGGCCGGACUGGCCGCGUCUAGCACUUCGUCCGAGGGCGAAGAUGAUUGCUGCAUUUACGGCGUUUCAGCCAUGCAGGGCUGGAGAAUCAGCAUGGAGGAUGCCCAUGCUGCCGUUCUAGACCUCCACGCGAAAUAUUCGAGUCCAGAAGAGACACCAACGGAUCCCGCCAAACGCCUAGCGUUCUUUGGAGUAUACGAUGGACAUGGUGGAGACAAAGUCGCACUGUUUGCCGGAGAAAACGUGCACAGGAUCGUCGCAAAACAGGAUUCAUUCGCAAAGGGUGACAUCGAACAGGCCCUGAAAGAUGGCUUCUUAGCUACCGAUCGGGCUAUCUUAGAAGACCCGAAAUAUGAAGAGGAAGUCUCCGGCUGCACGGCAGCUGUCAGUGUAAUCUCAAAACAUAAGAUCUGGGUGGCCAAUGCGGGUGAUUCUCGCUCCGUGCUUGGAGUUAAGGGCCGCGCAAAGCCUCUCUCUUUUGAUCAUAAACCACAGAAUGAAGGCGAGAAAGCUCGUAUCAGUGCCGCAGGUGGCUUUGUCGAUUUCGGCCGUGUGAACGGAAACCUGGCCCUGUCGCGAGCCAUUGGUGAUUUUGAGUUCAAGAAGAGCCCGGAGCUUGCGCCCGAACAACAGAUCGUGACCGCUUAUCCGGAUGUGACAAUCCAUGAGCUUAGUGAUGACGAUGAAUUUCUUGUCAUAGCCUGUGAUGGUAUCUGGGAUUGCCAGUCUUCCCAGGCUGUGGUUGAGUUUGUUCGCCGCGGUAUCGCCGCGAAGCAAGAACUUUACCGGAUUUGUGAGAACAUGAUGGACAACUGCUUGGCUUCAAACAGCGAAACUGGUGGGGUUGGAUGUGACAACAUGACUAUGAUAAUCAUUGGCCUCCUGAACGGCAGGACUAAAGAGGAAUGGUAUAAUCAGAUAGCUGAGCGGGUGGCCAAAGGCGACGGCCCUUGCGCUCCUCCCGAAUACGGCAAGUCUCUUGAGGAUUCUACGGCCUCCAACCCCUACUGA